UGUGUUACAUGCCCCAUCUCUAAGACCUUAUUCAGGUCUAACAUCCCAGAAUCCCAGGCAGCAGCCUCCAGAGCUCAAGCCUUCCCCUCUCACUGUCCCUCUGCUGACCCAUUUCCCCCUAGUUUCCACUUACAGCUCAGGAAAGGACGCAUCUCGAGGAUCCUGAGAGUGGAGGUGACCAGGCACAAGGGUCUCGGCAAAUGUCUCCAGACUAGAGUCAUCUCUCCCAUUCAGUGUUCCACUUCACAGUUAAUGGACUAUGAAGAAUGGUGUGUGCAGGGUGUUCAGACUGAGGUGCAGAGAUUGGCAGAAACCCCAAAGGUUCCACUGAGGAAAGAACUUCCUGAAGACUCUGCGCUCUGUGAUAAAACCAAGAGGAGCGCGUGUGCUGUGCAUGGCGAUGGCUGCAUUUGGGGGAAACUGAGGCCUGGAAAAAUGAAGUGUCUUGGCCACAUGCCUGUGGGAGUAUCUUUGGAGCUUGAGGUGUAUUCCUUCUACUUAAUCAAAAAAGUUAAGUGUAAAAUACCCUCCAGCAUGUCCUUCAGAAGGUAUUCCAGAAGGCAUGGUUGCCAUGAGAUGACAGCUCCAUGCCUGCUAUUAUCCUUGAGCCCUUCAAGUGGGGCAGGAUUUGGCGGGAAAGACGGUGAUACAGAUGAUCCACUCUCAGUGCAGUCCUGGGCUAAUGGGUUCAAAGUAGAGACUGAGUGUUUUAGAAGAAUUUCCUGCAGAUCAUGGAGAGUAAACUGGAUGAUGUGGGAGGUACACUGCCUCACAUUUACGUCUCUUCAGCAUGGUACAGUGCACACAUGGCUUUUGGCUUUGAAGUGGGAGUUACAACAUCAGCACUCCUGGUUCUCAGGCCUUCAGAAUAAGACUGAAUUAUACCACUGGCUUUCCUGGCGUUCCAGCUUGCAGACGACAGGCUGUAACAAAUGAGGAAUCUAUGGGCUACCAAAGAUAUACCUGUUGGGAGCAAGCAAAUGAUACACUCUCAUUUUUGCCAAGUGGUCAUGAGAAUAUGCCAGCAAAACAGACUGCACUCAGAAACAGGCCCUACUGAGCUACUGCAGCCUGGUCUUUUCAAUCAUGUUUAUUAAACAAUGAACAACAAAUGGAAAACCAAACAUUGUAUGCUCUCACUCAUAAGUGGAAGCUACACUAUGAGGAUGCAAAGGCACAAGAAUGAAUCAAUGGACUGUGGGGACUCGGGGAAAGGUUGGGAAGGGGGUGAAGGAUCAAAGACUAUGAAUUGGGUUCAGUGUACACUGCUUGGGUGAUGUGUGCACCAAAAUCUCACAAAUCACCACUAAAGAACUUGCUCAUGUAACCACACACCACCUGUUCCCCCAAAACCUAUGGAAAUAAAAAAUUAACAAAAAAUAAAAAAUUAAAGACAAACAACAAAAUCCUUCAUAUAUAAAGACGAAAAGAAAUCAGGAAGCUGAGAUUGGGACUUGGGUGAGCUCUUGAAAAAUUUACUGAGUGGCUGAGAUGUUGCCUGAGCGGCUUGAUGGCUCCUCUCUCCUUGGAUGAGCACACCAAGGUCCGGUGCUGUCAAGACCAUAUUGCUUUCUGCUCACUCUGGUGAAAAAGGGAGGGGUAAAUAAGUCCAAAUAUCUCCAGGGUCCAAAGUUGUGUUUGGAUAAAUUAAAAUGCCAAGUUACAAAGUUGAAGAUUAAACUAACAACCACUCAUUGGAGAAAAAAACGUUGCUUGACUACGGGAUGCCGAAAUGCUGGGCUGCUAUUCUGACUGAAGUAAGCAAGGACCCGGCUGGUUGCCUUCUGGCAUGAAAUUAGAGCACAACCUCGAUAAAAUGGGAUUUCAUUUAAUUUACUAAAAUUAAAUAAAAAAGGUGUUUUUUUUGUUACAUUCUACUUGAGGGAAAGUAAAGUGGCAAGAAAGCAAGCAAGUAUCAGGGACUUAUUAAAAGCACCUCUGAGACAGUAGGUCUUCAGCGACGCACAUUGGAAUCACCUGAGAAACUAAAAACUACGGCUGUCUGGCUCCCAUCCCUAGACGUUCUGAUUUCAUGGAGUGGGGUGCUGCCCGAGGUUUGAAAUUCUAACGUGGAACAAAGUUUGACAACCACUUCUCUAGAUAUCUCUUGGUGCUGGUGUAGCACAGCCCAGUCAUCUAAACCAACUAUAACAUCGAACUGAGAAACAUUUAUUUUUCCUUUUAAAUCUACUGACUGAAAGUAGAACAGUCCACUCAAGGGCACAUAAAUAAAAGUGUAAUUUAAUGUCAUUUAGAGAUUUGCGUUUUUUUUUUUUUUUCUUAGAGAGUUCUAUGCUGUUGAUUUUGAAAUGAAGAAUUAGAAACAAAUACUUCUUUAUCAUUCAGUCCGAAAAAGAAAAUAAUUCUGUCCUAGGGAAAUCAGCUAAGAAAAAGGCAAAAGGAAGGGAAGGAGAGGCAGAGAUGGAAUGCAGAGAGAACCAGGGCGCAAGACACAGACCAGAUCUCCCAGACCGUGCCUCCUGUCCUGCUCCUCGACGUCCCCAGCACACGCAACCUCUCCACCCUGCAUGUACGCGUUGGUUUCUGGUGAGAGAGGAGGGGAGAAAAGGCGACCAGAGGGAGACCCAGCUGCCUUACCUUUGCUGAUCUGCUGGGUUUUAUUGAUCUGCUCUUGUGUCUGCACUUCAGCCCGUUCUGUCCUGAUUAUGUCCACUGCUUUGAGCCCUGACCCUUCUUUCGCAUCCCUGAGUUAUUUCCUCGUGGUUCUGCAAAACCUCCUCUUAGGCUUCUGAGGGUCUGCGUGUCCUUGCCACACCCUGGAGUUUCAGAUUGACUCACUCCCUUAUCUUCCUGCCUUUCCAGACUGCAUUGUGGCUUCUCUGGCCAGAACCUAAGCCCUGGGAUUUCUGACCGUCUUUGUUAGAUAAGGCAAUCACGAUGCCUCUCUCAGCCAGUGCCCGUCCUGAGAGAGCUGGCCUUGGGCAGCCAUGUUUUUUUUUGAGGCGGAGUCUCGCUCUGUCGCCCCGGCUAGAGUGCAAUGCUCUCAGCUCACUGUGCAACCUCUGCCUCCCGGGUUCAAGUGAUUCUCCUGCCUCAGCUGGGAUUACAGGCACGUACC